AUGCUGUUCACUUGCUACUGCGCCUUCAUCAUCAUCGUAACGUUACGAGCCCACGAAAGGAAGCUGUUUGACUUCGAAUAUAUUCGCGUAUCAUUAGUCUACGUUCAACUGAGCGAAGUCUUCUAUAUUCUCACGACUACGACAUUGAAGAUAUCCCUGGGCCUCUUCUUCCUCCGCGUCUUAACGAAACGCUGGCAGAUCAUGCUCUUUCAUUAUCUACUCGCCAUAUCGGCUGUAUACGGCCUCUUCUACGUCCUCACUGCCAUUUUUGCGUGUGGCGAUCCCUCAAAAAUUGCCGACACUCUUCUGGGCUCACAGAAAUGUCUUCCGGCUGCCUUCGGUCUCGCCACUGGCUAUCUGUAUGGUGCAAUCAACGUCAUAGCCGACUGGACGUUCGUCCUGAUCCCCAUCACCGUCUUGCUAGACAGCGAACUCGACCGGCGCUCCAAGAUCUCCGUUAGCAUCGUCAUGGCCCUCGGUGCUGUGGGUAGUGUGUCUAGCAUCAUGCGUAUGGUAUAUCUGAGAGGCUUGAUUAACGUCCCAACAGGACUAAAAUAA